UUCGCCAAAUUCAUCAACAUAAACUUCUUUUCCAACUUUACUAAUCUUAAGAACUCUCAACUUUUCUUUUUUUCCCUUACAGUUACAACAUCAUACAUGCACCCAUGUCAUCUUCUCUGUUACACCAAAUCUCAAAGAGACUUUCCCUAUCACCUUCAUUUCAUACCUUUGUGUCACGCAUCAAAACUUCAAUCCACCGUGCAUGUUCCCGACAACGUCCGUGGCUAGAACUCCUCGAAUUCGCUGCAUUCUCUCGUCCCGAGUCUUUCCCUGAUGCCACAACAAGGAUCCGCAAGAACAUCUCUUAUUUUUGGACCAACUAUGUCGCACUACUCGGCGGCGUGCUUGCUUUCUCUCUUAUAUCUCACCCGUUAUCUCUGCUAGCUCUUUUACUACUCCUUUUUGCUUGGAUCUUCUUUUACUUCUUUAAACCAUCUGAGCAACCAUUGAUUAUGUUUGGUCAUACACUGUCAAACAGUGAAACGUUAGCCAUAUUGGUGGGUGCAACAGUUGUAGUAAUGUUCUUUACAAGUGUUGCAUCUUUGCUAAUUUCUGCUACACUAGUUAGUGGAGCUAUUGUGUGUGUUCAUGGUGCUUUUCGAGAUCCGGUGGAUCUCUUUUCCGAUGAACAAGAGCGAGUUUCUUCAGCUGGUUUCUUUUCCAUUGCAAAUGGUGCUUCAGCUUCAAUUACAUCAGUUGUCUGAAGUCUGAAUUAUGUCAGCUGUAGUAGAUUUUAGAGUUGUUAUGCCACAAUUGCUUAAAACACCCGAAUAAUAAUAUACUACUUGCUCUGUUUUUUUAAUUGCA